ACGUGAUCCGUCCCUAGCGCCGCCAUUUUGGAGCUCCGGGUGAGGAGAGGGAAACGAGGGAAAAGAGCCGGGAGAGAAGCGGGCUGGGACGAGGGGAAGGGCACGGCCGGGCUUCUGGCCGGCCAAAGGAGGCUCGCGGAAGCAGCAGCCACCGCUUGACCGCAGAUAUGGAAGAAAGCAGCAGUGUUGCCAUGUUGGUGCCAGAUAUUGGGGAACAGGAAGCUGUGUUGACUGCUGACACUGUCAUCAGCCCAUCAUUGGAAAUUGAUGAACAAAGAAGAGCUAAAACAGACCCAUUAAUCCAUGUUAUCCAGAAGUUAAGCAAGAUAGUGGAACAUGAAAAGUCACAAAAAUGUCUUUUAAUUGGGAAAAAGCGCCCACGUUCAAGUGCUGCCACACCCUCUCUUGAAACCCAAGAACUUGAUGAGGUCCCAGCUAAAGCAGCCCGGUCACCUGCUGCUGAUAUUGGAAGACUUGAAAUGCCGCAGACAGAUCUUAUCCCUGAUUCUCUUGCCCAGAGUGAUGGGAAGGCGAUGUCCUAUCAGUGUAGCCUGUGUAAGUUUCUGUCCUCUUCUUUCUCUGUGUUGAGAGAUCAUAUCAAGCAGCAUGGUCAGCAGAAUGAGGUGAUAUUAAUGUGCUCAGAGUGCCAUAUUACAUCUAAAAGCCAGGAGGAACUUGAAGCUCAUGUGGUGAACGACCACGAAAAUGAUGCCAACACUCAGGCCCAGUCCAAAGCCCAGCAGUGCAUAAGCCCCUCCAAGUCCUUGUGUCAGAGAGUCAUUGAAAGAAAUAAGGAAGCCAUUCGUGACAUCCCGGUAAAUGUGGGCAAUCCACAAACGGCAUCCAUGGCAGAAAUGGGUAGGAGGAAAUGGUAUGCGUAUGAGCAGUAUGGCAUGUAUCGAUGCUUGUUUUGUAGUUACACUUGCGGCCAGCAGAGAAUGUUGAAAACACAUGCUUGGAAACAUGCCGGGGAGGUCGAUUGUUCAUACCCAAUAUUUGAAAAUGAAAACGAGCCUCUAGGCUUGCUGGAUUCUUCGGUGGCCGCUGCACCUAGUGGGGUCGAUGCAGUAGUCAUUGCUAUUGGGGACAGUGAGCUGAGUAUCCACAACGGGCCAUCGGUUCAGGUGCAGAUUUGCAGCUCAGAGCCAUUAUCAUCUUUAUCGCCUUUAGAAAAGAGUGCAGAAGGGGCAGUGCACCUAAGUCAGUCAAUUGCCCUUGACCCUAGUGAGGAAGAAAUGCUGGAGGUGAUUUCUGACGUGGAGGAGAAUCUGCGGGCUGAUAGCCUUCUUUCAUCAGCGCAAAAGAUCAUCAGUAGCAGCCCCAAUAAAAAAGGCCAUGUUAACGUGAUAGUGGAGCGUUUACCAAGUGCUGAAGAAACUCUUUCACAGAAACAUUUCCUCGUGAAUGCUGAAAUGGAGGAGGGAAAGAACCUGAGCCCUACAGAAGCCCAGAUUGGGUGUGGAGGAACAGAUGGCGUUUAUCAUGCUGAUAAAUGUACUGUUGAUAUUGGGGGGUUGAUCAUAGGCUGGAGCACUCCAGAGAAGAAAGACAGCGAGUUAAUGAAUAAAGGCCUGGCUACUGAUGAGAAUGCCCCACCAGGCCGAAGAAGGACAAACUCUGAGUCUCUCCGACUGCACUCACUGGCUGCAGAAGCCCUGGUCACAAUGCCUAUAAGAGCUGCAGAGCUAACGGGAGCCAGCUUGGGACACUAUGGGGAUAUAAACCUUUUAGAUCCAGACACCGGCCAAAGGCAAGUAGAUGGUACUUUGGCGGCAUAUUCUAAAAUGAUGUCGCCGCUUAAAAACUCUUCAGAUGGAUUAACUAGUUUUAACCAAAGCAACUCUACCUUGGUGGCACUCCCAGAAGAUAGGCAGGAAUUGGCGGUCGGGCAAGUUAAGACAGGCAUCAGCAUGUCCUUACUAACUGUAAUUGAAAAACUGCGGGAAAGGACAGACCAAAAUGCCUCUGAUGAUGACAUUUUGAAAGAGCUGCAGGACAACGCCCAGUGCCAGCCCAGCAGUGACCCGAGUUUGUCGGGAGGCAACGUGGUGGAAUACAUCCCUAACGCCGAGCGACCCUACCGCUGCCGCUUGUGUCACUAUGCGAGUGGCAACAAGGGCUACAUCAAGCAGCACUUGCGAGUCCACCGUCAGAGACAGCCAUACCAGUGUCCCAUCUGUGAGCACAUCGCUGACAACAGCAGGGAUUUGGAGAGCCACAUGAUCAACCACUGUAAAACGAGAAUAUACCAGUGCAAGCAGUGUGAAGAAGCUUUUCAUUAUAAGAGUCAGCUGAGGAGUCAUGAGAGAGAGCAACACAAUCUUCCAGAUACCUUGUCAGUAGCCACUUCUAAUGAGCCAAGACUUCCCACCGAUACAGCUGAAGGAAAGUGCAUUCAGGAAGGGAAUAAGUCUUCAGUCCAGAAACAGUAUAGAUGUGAUGUGUGUGAUUAUACAAGUACAACAUAUGUUGGUGUCAGAAACCACAGACGAAUCCAUAACUCUGAUAAGCCAUACAGAUGCUCUUUGUGUGGGUACGUAUGCAGCCAUCCUCCUUCUUUGAAGUCUCAUAUGUGGAAGCAUGCAAGUGACCAAAAUUAUAACUACGAACAAGUAAACAAGGCUAUUAAUGAUGCAAUUUCACAGAGUGGCAGAGUUCUGGGGAAAUCCCCUGGAAAGACUCUCUUAAACAACGGUGAAGACAGAAGCGAUCCUAUCAGUGGAAGUUCAGAAAAUUUGGUGUCGUCCUCAGAGCUGAUUUCCCAGACUCCCAGUGAAGCUGUAGGUCCCAACGAGAGUGAGAAACUGAGCCUAACAAGUAAUACCUCGUGUAGUUUAGAAAAAAACUUCAAUCUGGCCCCUCCUGGUAUGGAAUAUUGCGUUUUACUCUUCUGUUGUUGUAUUUGUGGUUUUGAAUCAACCAGCAAAGAAAAUCUCUUGGAUCAUAUGAAAGAGCAUGAGGGUGAAAUUGUAAACAUCAUCCUAAAUAAGGACCACAACACACUCUAAACACCAGUUAGAUGGGAUACUUACUUGAAGAGGGCAGAGUUGGAAGAAAAGAUUCUUAGAACCAACAGUUUUGCCUUUGCGCCAAUGUCAAAUAAUUUACUAGACAAAGAAGAAGUGGUGUGAUUUUGGAGGAAGUGACAGAGAUGACUUUGGAAACAAAUUUGCAGUGUAAUAAAAGGAAUUCCAAAUGGGUAAGUGGUAUAUAUUUUGAUUGAAGGGAAGUGGGUUGAGGAAGAAGCAAAAAUGUAAUCCUGUAUUAACCCUCUGUCACUCCCUCUUAAUACUGAGUAUAUUUAUUGUUGAAAGCUUACUGUAGUGUAGACAUGCGAGCAAGAGUUAAGAAUGGGCUUUUCAGGAACUACUGUUACGGAAGUGUCGCAGUCAUAAGCAGAGGUUCGUUUUCUUUGUUCUCAAUUUUGACGUGCCAAGUUUAGAAUGGCAGCCUCUUGUGAAAAACAGGAGGUAGCUCUCUAAAGUUUUGUUUUGUUUGUUUGUUUGUUUGUUUUUUGACUACCCACAGAGUCAGCUGGGAAACAGUUUAGAGGGCUUUGAAGUGAUCUACCUAAAUCUUGCCCUAAAUUGAUAGGAAUUAAUCAUAUACUCAAUCUAGGAUAUGUUCCUUUACUCCUUAAAAAGGAAAGAAAGAAAGAAAGAAGAUCUCUAAAUCCAAAUCUGGACUGUAAAUAGGCAUUUAAGGAUUAAAUUAGUCUUAAUUAAAUUUACAGUGAAUUCCAGUGGGCAAAGGAGGAAGUCGGUGAAUUCCUACCAAACUUAAACCGCAUCUCAAGCUUCACAGAAGUGGCACCUCACUGAGGGCAGCACACUUCUCAGAGGUUCUUUUCAGCGUGUUUGUCAGAGCACUGCCCAUUUUCUCCAUAGUACAUAAACCUAAUCCUCUCUUCUAAGCCAGACCAGGCUUGUUCUCUGAAAAAGUCGGUUAAAGCAAAAUAAAAUAAAAUUUAUACUUCAUCAUCAGACCUUGAAAAUAGUUUGAAUUCUAAAAUAAAAAUGAUUUGGGGGAUGAGGACUGGAAUUCCGUGUCUCCUUAAAAUGAGUACUGCUAUUGAGAUUUUUCUUCCCAGAGUUGAGUAUCCUAGUUAUAUUUAAUGUAAGAAGAAUAAACAAAUAUGGCUAAAAUACAGUAAAAAUUCAGGUUGUUUAUAAAAAUUUUAAUAACAAACAGCACUUGGCAAGUCUACAGGAUUUCUCCUAUCGAGAAAAUCCCAUUUUGUUAAAGUACACACAGGAUAUGGAAAACCAACUUCAAAAUGCUUUUGCAGUAAAACCGGCCAUCAAAUAGGUAGAAUUUUUUCCUCAUUCAUUAAACAUUUUGUAUUACUGUGUAUUUCAGAGUGGAGAGAACAGGGCCUUUGUUCUUGUAGUUCUGAUCAUUUAUUUAUGUAUGAUCUUGUUAAAGAAAGUUCUGCCUACAAGUUGAAGGUUGGUGCGCUGUUCAGUGCACCGCGCUCAUGGUGCUAUUUCUGAACGUGAUUUUCUAACAUCUACAGUUGAGGCUGUGGCUCUGGUCAAUUUUGAACAUCGAAAAGAAUUUUUGAAUGGAAUACUCUGUAAACACAUUUUAGGGAAGGAUUCUGUUCCCAAAGUCCAGGUAUAAAUUGAAUAAAUUACCUUUUUUAAGAUGGCGUUAGGAACUAUUGAAGUGGGGCCAGAUAUCUUGAAGCAUUGUCCGAUUUGUUUUUUAAUCUCAUUUUUUUAUGGUAUUUAAACAAAAAGGAUUGUAACUUGCAACUCAUUAAUUUAGGUAGCUUUAAUUUAUUUAUGAAAAUUAUCCAUUUUUGAUACGUUUUUUAAAAGAUGAAAUGAAUUUAUAUAUACUAAAUUAUAUUGCCCAAAUUCACUGUGUGUGGAUUUAUAUUCAUUUUCUCCUGUUUUCACAAUUUAAGUAUUUAAUUUCAAAUUCAAAUAAAAUAUUUUGAAUAGUUCUACUAUCAUCGUCCGUAUUGUCGCCGCUCGUAUUGUGGGCGAAUUGUUUCGUUGCUGGUAGUUGUGGCUCAUUAUUUCUAUGUAAAAAGCCAUUAUUCUAAAAACUAACCCUAGAAGAUUUUGUUUUAUAAAUUUUCCCUUGGCUUUAAUUUUACGUAAUCACUUGGAAACUACUACUAACCAAAAAACAUCCAAAUUUUUUUCAGCAGUGUGAAUGUUUAAAUUGUCUUUCCUCAUUUCCUUAAACCACUUGCACUGAAUAUUACUUAAAUUUCCAUUUGGAAUUCAUGGAUGUAAAAUUUCCUUACCUCGUGAGAAAAAAUUUUAACCCAGAAGUUCAAAGCCUUUCAACUUUCAUCUGAUUCAGGCCUAGAAUGUCCUCCAGAGCUUUCUCCUCACCUGCAGAGGAACCAUAUGCCAGGAGUGUUCUGCAUCUUCCCGUUAUUGUUUGGUGGCAAGCCUUAGGUUAACAGUCUCUACCAAGAACAACUGAGUAUUUCUAAAAUAAUGAAGAUUAAACAUGCAGUUAUAAUUGUAGAGGAGAUAAUGUAUUAAAAUCAUCAGUAGGAAUCCCCUUUAUAGGAAUAAAUUUUUAUUGGUUCUUGACCUUUUGUCAUACAAAGCUCAUACUCGUUUUUUCUGCUCUGGACACUUACAGUUCUAAGAUCUGAUGUGAAAAUGGUUUUUCAAAGAAACUAAACAAACAGAGGUGGGGAAGGGGGAAGAGGACUUAUUCUGAUCAUUAUAAAUAAUGUUAUUCAGGGGCUGUGUUGUUUUCAACUUUCUCUGAACAUCCAGAAUAUGAUUGAUGUCCCAAAUGUCCUAGCAGUACCAUAGCUAUAUUCCAUUUAUCUGUAGACUUUUAAGUUCUGUAGCCAGCCAGCAAGUGCAGUGUUGUGACACUGACUGAAGCCUUUGUUUGAAACCUUUCAUCCUAUUCGAGGUAGCUGUCAGUGGCUUCAUAAUUAUUUUGUUUUUUUCUCACAAAGCAAGUGGUAGGCAUCCAUGUUUACAUUGUAUCUUCUGCAGUGUACUUGGCUUGACAAAGACAAGCAGGCUUCUCUAUUAAGACCUAUUAUAUUUUUAGUUUUCAUAGACACUUAUUUAAUCUUUUUGUGUUUUACUGUACAGCAAGGUGCUCUAAGUAAUGUUCUAUAAAGUAUAUUUAAUAGAAAUUUGAGUUUGAUAUUCAUGGACAUGAAUACAUGUAUUUUUUUAAGACAUAAGUAUUGUGUAACACUAUGGCAUUGCUUCUAUAGCCAAAGUACAAAGACUUUUGGAACACUGACAUGUAAAGACUACAGUUAAUUCUGACAUUGUAUCUUAUUAAAAUAGGAUGAUUUGCAUUUUGUAAAAUUAUCCUGCACAUCAAGCUGCAUGCCUUAAAGCCUAAAACUGUAGGAUUGUGUUCGCGGUAGAACAGUUUAUCUGUUCAGAACAAACAGUGAAGCAAGGUUAUAGCGCUUCUUUAACUACCUUUGGAAAUACUGUACAAUGUUAGAAUAAUUUAUUUUGCUUUACAGGAGUUUGUCAUGUAUUGACUUUAAUAUUGUAUUUUGGUAAUAAAUUUUUUUGUUAAAAACAUUUGCCUCUAAGUUUUAUUACAAAAUUUUAUGUCCAUGCUUAUCUUGGAAAUGUUGAUUUAAUCACUUAGAAAAACCCAUUAACACAGAGUCAAUUCUGACUCACAGCGGCCUUAUAGGACAAGAGUAGAACUGCCUCAGGGUUUCCAAGGAGCAGCUGGUGGAUUCGAACUGCCUUUUGGUUAGCAGCCAAAUGCUUAACCACUGCACCACCAGGGCCCAAUCACUUAGAAAGUUGUGUUUAAACCAUUAAAAGUUUCCCAAGAGUUGGCAUCUUGUUAAACUGUUGCUGACUAGCAUUAAUCUGUGUUACAUAAGAUAAUUGAAAAAAAAAAAUUAGAUUUUUUAAAAAUCAUUUUUAAAAUUCAGUCUAAUUUUGAAGCUUUUAUCCUUGAUACACAGGUUCAUUUUAUCUUCCAAAUCACAUUUUUACAUGCUUUCAAUUCCAAUAUAAUCAAACUGCUGAAGACUAGUUGAUGUUUUGCUAAUGUCAAUGAGCAUUCCUUAUUGAAGGCCAAAGAUUCCCUUGAUCAUUUUGUCGUCUUCAUCAAGUAUUUUCUAACAUUAGAUUUCUUGUGUGCCCUAGAAUCCUGGGCCACCUUGGGUUGAGGUGACAGAGGCCAAACUUUUCUUCCUAACAGCUGUAAUCUCUUGCCCUAUGCUCCCCUGGGGCAACAUAAUCAUAUCACUUAAACCUUCCAAGAACCAGAUCUCAAUACUGUGUCACUAAACCUCAGAUUACUUUUAGAAAUUCCAGCAUGAGAGUGUAGGACAUCACCGUCCAACAUGGUAACCACUGUCACACGUGGCUAUUGAGCACUUGAAAUACGGCUUACUGUUGCUGUAAAAUACAUAUUAGUUUCGAAGACUUAGUACCAAAAAAAAUGUAAACUAUCUCAAUAGUUUUUUAUAUUGAUUACAUGUUGAAAUGAUAUUUUGGAUAUAUUGGGUUAAAAUAAAAUAUUAAAAUUAAUUUCACCUGUUUUUACUUUUUGUAAUGUAACUACUAGUUAAAUUACAUCUACGUGGUUCACAUUAUAUUCCUAUUUGACAGCACUAGUAUACAAGAAAGAUUGGCAAGCUCUUACAUCAGAUCCAGCCUGCAGCCUGUUUCUGCAAAUAAAGUUUUAUUGGAACGUAGCCACGCCCGUUAUAUAUCGGAUAUGGCUGUUUUCCUACUGCAGCAGCCGUUGAGUAGUUCAGGUAAAGAGUCUGUGUGGCCCACAAAGCCCAGAUGAUCUGCUCUCUGUUCCUUGCUGACCUCUGGACUGGAACAGUGGUAUAAUCUGAGCUUUAAAGCCACCAGAAAUAAUCUUUUUAUAAAGAAAGCUUUUUAUAACUAAACUAUAUUGUUUCUCCCUCUCUAAUUCUUAUAAAGACUACUUGUUCUUCUAUGACCCUUAUCCAUAAUUGUGAUUUUAACCUGUUUGAUCUUUUCUCAUAUUUAAAACCAAACAUAAUUUGUUUAAAAUAACAAAUAGUUAACAAAUAUUUGUUUAAAGUAACAGAUAAUGCUGCUAUAAAAAGGUAUUAUCUUGUUUUCCUCUGACAACCUUACAGUGCUUUUGUUCGCCCUUGCUGCUUCGCCCUUUCACUGCUAUAUCCGAUGAUGUGGUCACAGCACCUGCAUAUGUAACCAUGGUACAAGGUAACCGUGGUAACUAAUCCACUCAGUUGUCAGUUGACUUGACUAAUCCAGGAUGUAAAGAAGGAUCUUAGAUGCGCCUCUUUAUAAUGAAUAGCAUGAGUGAGUCUAAAGCCAUACUGAUAAGGAGAGACAGCUUCAGUGUAGAGCUGUUGACUAAACGGCAGAGCCAAGAAAAAGUCACAGUACUCUCCUCUGUAAAUUUGUUCCACGUCAGCAAAGGUGAAAAGUUUUGGCCCGACAGAAACGUAGAGGAGUUUGUUUUUGACUGGUGCCGUGUGAUACACUUACCUAGGUAGUGUGUUUUUGUUUCUCUCUCAGAAGCUACAUGAGUGUAAGAUGCUUGAACCAUUUCAGAAUUUUGUAUGUGCAGCAACACCCAGUUGCAUACUGUGUUGGGAGGCUGCAGACCUCAUUUCUCUGGUAGGUACUUUAAUAAAUAUGCUGUAUCUAGGUUUAUCGUUUCAGUCAUGAAGUAUCUGUAAGAUUAUGACAAUAGUCUAUUAGUUUUUCCAACAGUGGGUAAUCAAGAGCUUGCCUCACAAAAUUACGGUCAAUUUUCCUUUGAUUUUUAAAAACUAAUUAUGUAAUUAAUAUACUUACAUAUUUUACGUAAUGUAUAAAAUAUAAACAUAUUUAAGUAUAAUUAACAUAUACAUAAAUAUAAAUGAGAAUUUGUUGUAUAACAAAGUUGUCAAACGCUGAUGUCGUUUAGCUUCUGAACUCAGCCAAAUUUACACCAGUGUGUUUACUUAAUCCAGAUAGUGAAGGUGCCAUUCUGUAACAGUUUGCAAAACUGAAUGUAAGGCAGGUACUUACACAGUACUACUGAGAUACAAGAGACUUUGUUGAGCCCUAGUGGCAGAUGGGUUAAGAUCUUCGCUACGAACCAAAAGGUCAGAGUGUGAAUCCAUCAGCCACUCCUUGGAAGCCCUAUGGGGCAGUUCUACUGUGGCCUGUAGAGUCGCUAUGAGCCGGAAUCCACACGACAGCAAUGGGUUUGGGUUUUGUUUUUUUUUGUUGUUGUUGUUUUAUAUAUUAGAUAGAUGGAGUUUCAUGUACACAAAUCAGAAAAUAAUGAAUCUUUAGUCAUAAGCUCGGGCCCAGCUAUUCCAUCUUUCUGACUUCUCAGCUAUGUCCUUUGUUAAAACGAAAAAAAAUGUUAAAUAUACUUAAAAUUAUCUCUGUCACUGCCCCUGGUUAUCAGUAGUAAUCAAGUACGGGUCUCUAAGUCAAUAAAGUAUGUUAUCUCGAAUGUGUGCACAAUGGGAAAUUGUGACCUAAAGAGACCUUCAACAAAGUAGGACAAGUUACUCAUUUUCAGGUCUUUUAUUAGCACCCGCUAGUUUUAUUAAAGGCUCACUGUCGCUACAGCACGCAUCUCCAGAUUUUUGGUUUUUUUCCUACUUGUCAUUUUAUUAAUUUUAGUAUCCAUAUUUCAGAAAUAAUGUGGCUGCAUUUUACUGAAAUAGGCACAUCAAUUCACAUCUUGCUCUUUUUGUUUAUAUCUGUAGUUUUAUUUUUUAGAUUCAGUAGUUCAAUCACAAAAGGUGUUAGAAAAUUCUUUUGCAAGCUUAUGAGAAAAAGUAUGGCAGGACGAGGUUCAAAUAUUAAGCUGUAUUUAUUUCUGAUCCUCUACAGCUAACAUUCUUAAAAAAACGUUAUGCUGAAAUAAAUAAUUGUGGGAAACCAAGGUUAUCUUCAUUUUCUAAGGCCCUCCCCGCCCCCGCCCGUGCCUGAAGCACGAGAACAGAGUAUCCUCCAAUGAGGAUACUGGAGUCCAUGCAGAGGUUAAACACUCCCUACAAUGAGGCUCUUCAUCUGUCCCCAGCUAGACUAACCUUGUGCUCAAGCUGCAAAUACUGUUAAAGAGGCACGAACGUGUUAUGUGACCAUUGUUUAAAAAUUACUUUGUAAUAAUAGGGAAAACAAUAAGUGUGUCUUAUGGGAAAGCAGUCACCAUAUCCCAUCUGGAAGUAGGCGGGAGGACAAGGCCAACGGUCAGGGAGCCAGAGCAGCACACAGGGUGUGUGUAGCUACCGCCCUGGUUUGGAUGUAGCUUGGCUUUACCUUUUUUAACCUUGUAGGAGCUCUGUUAGAUCCUCUAUUUUCUUAAAUGGAAAAUGGUAAUAGGAUAUCUACCUCAUAGAGUCAUAUAGAUUAAAUGAGAUAGUCUAUAAAAUAUUCAAAUUUCUGACCCAGUUGUGGACAGUGCUGGGUUCCAGUCCUAGCUCAGUAAGCCAUGUGACCUUAAGCACGGUAUUUAUCCUUUUCUGAGCCCCAAUUUCUUCAACCGUAAAUAGCCUGGUAGGGUGGUUGUAAUGAUUAGCAACCAUGUAUAUUAAGCACCUGAACAUAGAGGAGCUCAGAUAGUGGUUGCUAGUAGAGUUUGAGCAUUAAUUAUGAGAAGGAAAAAGUUAAACUGCCCUUAUUAUGAUACCGAAGCUAUUAGCUACAUUCUUGGAAAGGAACCUAAGAAACAUACCGGUUUGUCUUUGAGGACGUAAACUCAAAACCAAAUAUCCUAUCCCUUAAAAUACACCAAAAAAGACAAGCCUGGUUUAUCAGUACCUAGUAGAUUGUACACAAUUAAUUACACCCAAAAAGAUACUAGUCCAGGAGAAAGUGUUAAACAUUACCCUCUUACCAUUAUGUUAAGUUCUCUAAUCACUGAUGUAGAGUUCUUUCACCUCUAUAAACUGCCAUUAAGGAUUUAUUUUCUUCUACCUUAUUGGAUACAAGAAAACCAUGAGAGUGAGACUUUCCCUAAAUAAGCUAAUGAGCUGGCUGGAUUGGUAAAACUGAAGCCUAAGAGAGAGAAUCCUACUGGUGAUGGUAUGCAUUCAGUAUUAUCAGCUGCUAACUAUACAGUGAAACAAUGAGAAGAAACUCAGCGGGGAGAGUGUGUUGGACUACUUGGUAGAAGUUCUUGGAGAGCUAAGAAAUGGCCUGUCCCAGAUGGUGCAAGGUUCACACUCAAGGUUAACCGUCUCCCAAGGACGGUUCAUCUGCAGGACUCUGGUGCUGACCAUUCCUAAAUCUGAAGCAGUGGCGUCACGAGGGGGCUGUGAGGGGGUGCAGACCGCACCAGGUGACACUGUCAGAGGGGGUGACACCAAAAUGACUGUCUUAAAAUUGUUGCGCAGUGUUUCGGCAGAAAUUAUUUUUUAUAAAAAUAUCCCUGUAGUUAGUUAGAGG